AAAAAAUAAAAAAGAGAGAAGAAAAAAUGGGAAACAAAAGGCACUAGGUUGAUUUGCCUAUAAAUAAAAAGAUAGUACGCUGCAAUUUUGUUCAAUCCAUAUUACAUUCACCCCCAUCAAGCAAAUAGUCUAAAAUGGAAAACAUAAAAGUAGAGAUUUUAUCCACGAGGCUCCUAAAACCAUCAUUACCAACUCCCCCUCAUCUUCAACGUUACAAUGUGUCGUUCUUUGACCAAAUAGCUAACGAAGAACUUGUCCCUUUAGUACUUGUCUAUCCUCAUUGCAGCAACAACAACAACUCUGCUAUCACUGAUGAGGAGAUGGAGGAGCGGCUCGAGCGCUCUUUCUCUGACAUAUUAACUCGCGUUUACCCGGCUGCUGGGAGGUAUGCUGAUAAUGACAAGUGUUGUGUUCUUUGCCUCGAUCAAGGUGUUCCCUAUACCAAAGCAAAGGUCAAUCGCAAGCUCGACGAUUUCGUCAAACAGGUAGCGUGCGAUGGCCAUGAUGUGACGACCCUUCUUUGGCCGCACGACAUCAAAGAUGUCGACGAGACUAAUCUGUUUGCCUCACCAAUUUUCACUGUUCAAAUUACUAAGUUUGAAUGUGGCAGCCUCGCUAUAGCAAUUAGUAUCUCGCACCCUGUAAUGGAUGGUUUCACAACCUUUUCCACUAUGGUUGAAUGGGCCAAUGCCUGUAGAUUGAGGACUCCAAUCGAUAAGAUCAAUAAUUUCUUAAGCUUCAAUGGGGGUGAUAUUUUUCCGACUAGAGACUUAUCCAGGUACUUCAAGCCUCCUAUUCCACAAGAAGGAAACAAAGAAAUAAAAUUUGUGUCCAAGAGGUUUGUUAUCAAUAAGGGUGCUUUAUUGAAGUUAAGAGAGAAAUUUUCAAGUUUCAUUGAAUCGGGUGCUUUAAAUUUUCAACCUUCAAAAGUUGAGAUGAUCUCAGCAACCUUAUGGAGAGCUCUAAUUUGUGCUUCAGAAUCAGUAAAUGGGAAGUUGAGACCUUCUAUGAUGGGUUUUCCAUUGAACUUGCGCUCUAAAACAAAUUUACCUGAAAUAAAAAAAUCAGUUGGAAAUUUGGUAAUUGAUAUUCCGGUAAAAUUUGUACCUGGUCAGACACAGUUGGAGUUGCAGCAUCUUGUAACAUUAAUAAGAGAUGCAGUUACAAAACUUGUUUCUUCUUGUGCUGAAACUUCACCAGACGAGAUAGUUUCUCACGUGGCUAAUUUAUAUAAUGCAAGUUUUCAAGCACCAGAAUGGGGAGGUAACGAUGACGUUGACAAAUUUACAUGUUCAAGUUUAUGCAGGUUCCCUAUACAGGAUACUGAUUUUGGUUUAGGAAAACCAUCCUUGUUGUUUUUCGGAUUGAAAGAUAUGAAUAUGUUUUGGUUGCACGAUACAGUUUGUCGUACUGGUGUAGGCCUGCAAAUCGACUUGGAUGAAAACCACAUGCAAUUAGUUGAAUCCAACCUCGAUGUUAAGGCCCUCAUCGAGUAAUUUUGAUUUCCUACAAUUUUUGUUUUUGUGUUAUUUUCCUGCAAGUUUCUCUGUCUUUUCUUUGUAAUUUGGAUUUCUCUAUUUCAAAAUAAAUGGUGUUUUCACUUUUUUUUUA